GGAAGCGUGUAAACAUCAGCCAAUCAUAUCGCGGCUUGUGACAAACCUCCUCUCGAGAAGAUUCUUUCAUCGUCUUCCCAUCUGCAUAAAGGGUUCAAAGAAAAUUCUCAACUCGAAAAAUUUAUCGACUUUUCAAGUUUUAAUAUUGCAGAUCGCCUUGUGCCGAUCGUUGUUAUUUAAAGGGAAGAUGCAAGGAGGUGGUAGAGAUCCUUUCAACUCUGGUGGUCCUUUUGGUGGCCCUUUUGGAAGCCCUUUUGGAGGUGGUUUCGGUGGCCCUAACAAUGGUCCACCGAAUCUCAUGUCUAACUUCUUCGGAGGAAGAGAUCCGUUCGAUGACCCUUUCUUCACUCAGCCUUUUGGUGGUGGCAUGUUUCAGUCCAGCUUCUUUGGUCCUACCAUGGAUCCUUUCGCCGGAAUGCGUCCUCCUUCAUCAGGUUUUAUUGAGAAUCAUCAGCAGCCACCGCAACCGAGAAGGUCUCAUGGACCGAUUAUUGAAGAGAUUGAUUCAGACGAUGAGGGUGAAGGAGGAGGAGAUAAAGAGAAGAAAGUAAGGCUAGGGAAACAUGGCAGGUCAAGCAAUGAGACUGAAACUGAAGAUGCUAGAGCUGAAGAGAGAAGGAACAGACAAAUGCAAAACAUGAAUGCAAAUGCUAUGGUGAACAAUGGACAGUGGCAACCACAAACUCGUAGUUAUAGCUUCGAGAGCUCCACUGUUACAUACGGUGGUCAUGACGGAAACUACUUUACUUCAUCCAAGACCAGAAGGACAGGAAGUGAUGGGUUAACUCUUGAAGAAAGCAAAGAAGCCAAUACUGCAACACGCGAAGCAGCGCACAGGAUUUCAAGAGGCUUACAUAACAAGGGCCACACAGUUGCGCGUAAACUUAACUCCAAUGGUCGGGUUGAUACAACGCAGACCUUGCACAAUUUAAAUGAAGAUGAGUUGGCUGAUUUUGAGCAGUCUUGGAGUGGAAAUGCUAGAAUGCACUUACCCGGUUCGUCUGGUUUCUUUGGCAGUGGUAUUGCAAACAGAGAGCAACCAAUGUCGCUUCCUUCAACUGAUCCAAGCUCUUCUUCACGUGCAAGAGCAGAGUCAUCCAGAAGACCAAAGGCUGCAAUGAAUUUUAGAGGACAUGGCAGAAACUAAAUCUUAGGACUAUCAUGUCCUGUUAGUGAAUGUAACCGAAGACUAUAUCAUCUACUUUACUCAGGGUGCAUCGAUAAUGUAGCCUGUAUUUGAGGCGCUUAUGAUAAUGAUAUAUGCCUGUUUUUAUUACAUUAACCUGUUCUUAGCUGCUUGUAAUCAAGUAAUCAGAUCAAGGCUUUUCUUGAGCCAUAGACAUAUGCUCGAUUA